AUGGCGCCUCCGUAUCCGACUGGAGACUCUCGAAGUUUCAGAGUUCCAGAGCCAGAAGAACUUCUUUCACCGACCCAAAAGAGUAGUAUUCUGGAGGCGGAGCCUACGCAACUGUCAGAAAAAGAAGAGCCGAAACAGAAAAAGAAGCCAUUAAAGAAGACGAAAAGUCGCCAAGAAAGAUCCCCCACAAAAGUGGUUUCGGAAACAGAUCAGCCUAGAACAUGCUCCCCAGCCAAUGAGAAGUCUGUGUACAGUCCGAAAUUACAUCCAACCCAAGAGAAAUCAUUGGAAUCACACGUUGACGAUGCAGAUAUGAGGACUGCUCGAGAGGAUUUAUGGAAUUGA